AUGAGCGAGAGACCCCCUGUUACAUGCCACGUUCUCGACACAGCUACGGGGAAACCUGCUGCCAAUGUAGUGUGCUCCGUUUACAAGAUCGAUUUAGUCGAAGAAGCCUCCUCCACUGGAAUUGGGCUCUUACGUGAAGCUAGUACUCUCGAACCUUUUGCCAUGGCACGGACAGACGCAGAUGGAAGAGUUCCACGGUGGACUUUUGACCCGACGCCCUCGAAACGGCAGCAACUGGAAGAAGUAGGCGUCGUUCAAGACACAACAGGUGACCGCUUGCACUGGGAAAAGCUGCCACCUGGCACCUACAAGAUAAGGUUUCACGCCGGCCAAUACUACAAAUCGCUGGGGCAGACGAAUUUUCACCCAUUCGCUGACGUGAUAUUCACCGUCGAGGACUCCAGACACUAUCACAUACCCUUGCUGCUCAGCAACUACGGCUAUACCACCUACAGAGGCAGCUAA